UUUCUUGCUGACUGCGUUUGGUUUGCCUUGCUGGGCGCUGGACACAAACUGGGUGGUGUUUUUGCAUUGUUGUUGCUUGUGUGCCGAGUGCACGUGUAGGAUUUUAUUUGUCACAAAAUACGAGUUGUAGUUUGGGAUUCGGAUCGAAUUAUUUAUUAUUUAAAUUUGCCAGCGAUCAAGGACAGAAUCGAUAACCUCUGCUAUCAACCCGGAUUGACCCUGAAGAAUUUUCAGACCCCAGUCGCUUUAGUGUGAAUGAUUUCUCCGAAACGCAGCAAACUCUCCGACAUGGAAGACAAGAAGUUCGACACUUCCAUAGGGAAGAGGAUGACGGUGUCCCUCUCGCAAAUCGCGUCGCUGUGCCACGAAAUCACCUUACCUUUGAGCGGAACUAUACCAGAGCGCUUCGUGGCAGUCAAGAAAAAUUAUCCUAGCAAGAAAUGGUCCGCGGACUCAGCUCACCUGAAGUACCGACUGGACAAGGACGGCAACGCCAUCAACACCGCCAGUCAGGAGGUCUUCCAGCGAAUGUUCAAAUUCAACCAGGAAUACCUCCAGGCAAUUUUGGACGAAGAAGUUGAGUGCGAGCUGUACAAGAUGUUCAAGAAGACUGAACCGCCUCACGAAAUGCCAAAAAUCGCUGGCACCUUUAUGUUUGGCUUCAAGAACACAGACAUGCUUGCGAACAUGAUUAUGAACGAGAUGAAUCUGCAACACGAAUUCUUAUCUGGAAAGUGUCAUUUGUGCAUCUCGGUUCUGCUGCCAGAAUUGGUGGCCAAAAUUGUGGGCGACAUCUUCAACUGUGAUCGCCUGGAGGCGACGAAGAAAAUGCGUCACUACUCGCAGAGAUUCUCUGAAGACCUCUGCUCUAAAAUCCUGUGAUCGGUUCUGCAAAAUGUGCUGUGUUACAAUUAAAAACAUUUGAUGCUACGCCACUCAAGGCAAAAUCAACCUUUGUCAAGCUAGACUUUAAAGCCUGUUCUAACAACCAGAUCAGCCUAUUCAAAGUUUGGGGUUUAGAAUAAUUAAUUAACGAAUUUUAUUCGUUUGAUAUAAAGACUGAUAAAAGCAUUGGUAAAACAUUCAUCUUCCUCCAUCUGCAACUAACCUACUGCGUUAUUCUAUGUGUAGCCCCAUUAUGUAAACAUCAAAAUGCUCUGUGUAGUAACGCAACAAAUACAUACAAUAUUAUGGUAUCUCAAAUUAUCUAAUUUUUAAAAAGAAGAUAAUCAGUUUUUAUCUGUUAAUCGACGUUGUUUCUAAACAUAAUUUCAUUUGAAUUCUUAUGUUAUGAUCAGAAAAUCAAGUAUGUGCUCAAAAUUUACUCAACAGCAUUUUUGCUGUACGUAAAUAUGAAUGUUAUGCUGCCAGGUCCAUAUUGGUGAAAGUCUGAAAACGAGAGUCAAGUUGUUCAGCUCAAUGGAUCGACAAAUUGAGUUGCAUAUUGAUCAUGCAUUAAUCUAAUAGCAAACUGUAAAUAAAAUUUUAAGGUACAAUAUC